GCGGCGGCGGCGGUUACUAUGGCGGAGUCGGCCGGAGCCUCCUGCUUCCUCGCCCUGCUCGUCCUCCUGCUGGCGGGCGGCGGCGGGUCCGGGCCCCGCGGCAGCCAGGCUCUGCUCUGCGCCUGCACCAGCUGCCUGCAGGCCAACUACACGUGCGAGACGGACGGGGCCUGCAUGGUGUCCAUCUUCAACCUGGACGGGCUGGAGCACCACGUGCGCACCUGCAUCCCCAAGGUGGAGCUGGUCCCGGCCGGAAAGCCCUUCUACUGCCUGAGCUCCCAGGACCUGCGCAACACCCACUGCUGCUACACCGACUACUGCAACCGGAUCGACCUGCGGGUGCCCAGCGGUCACCUCAAGGAGUCCGAGCAUCCUUCCAUGUGGGGCCCCGUGGAGCUGGUGGGCAUCAUUGCCGGCCCGGUCUUCCUCCUCUUUCUCAUCAUCAUCAUCGUUUUCCUUGUCAUCAACUACCAUCAGCGAGUCUACCACAACCGCCAGCGACUGGACAUGGAGGAUCCCUCCUGCGAAAUGUGCCUCUCCAAAGAUAAGACGCUGCAGGAUCUCGUCUACGAUCUCUCCACUUCAGGCUCCGGCUCAGGGCUGCCCCUUUUUGUCCAGCGCACGGUGGCGCGAACCAUCGUCCUGCAGGAGAUCAUCGGCAAGGGCCGCUUUGGAGAAGUGUGGCGUGGCCGCUGGAGGGGCGGCGACGUGGCCGUGAAGAUCUUCUCCUCUCGAGAAGAACGCUCCUGGUUUCGGGAAGCCGAGAUCUACCAGACGGUCAUGCUGCGCCACGAGAACAUUCUGGGGUUCAUCGCUGCCGACAACAAAGAUAACGGCACCUGGACCCAGCUCUGGCUCGUCUCGGACUAUCACGAGCACGGCUCCCUGUUCGACUACCUGAACCGGUACACGGUGACCAUCGAGGGCAUGAUCAAGCUGGCCUUGUCUGCCGCCAGUGGGCUGGCCCACCUGCACAUGGAGAUCGUGGGGACGCAGGGGAAACCUGGAAUUGCCCAUCGAGACCUAAAGUCCAAGAACAUCCUGGUGAAGAAAAACGGCAUGUGCGCCAUCGCAGACCUGGGCCUGGCCGUGCGCCACGACGCCGUCACCGACACCAUCGACAUUGCCCCCAACCAGCGGGUGGGGACCAAACGAUACAUGGCCCCCGAGGUGCUCGACGAGACCAUCAACAUGAAGCACUUCGACUCCUUCAAGUGUGCGGAUAUCUACGCCCUCGGGCUGGUGUACUGGGAGAUUGCGCGGAGGUGCAACUCGGGAGGCGUCCACGAAGAGUAUCAGCUGCCGUAUUACGACUUGGUGCCCUCGGACCCUUCCAUUGAAGAAAUGCGAAAGGUCGUGUGUGACCAGAAGCUUCGUCCCAACAUCCCCAACUGGUGGCAGAGUUACGAGGCGCUGCGGGUCAUGGGGAAGAUGAUGCGUGAGUGCUGGUACGCCAACGGCGCGGCCCGCCUCACCGCCCUGCGCAUCAAGAAGACCCUCUCCCAGCUCAGCGUGCAGGAGGACGUGAAGAUCUAGCCUGCUGCCUCCCUCCGAGCCGCCCUGGGCGGCGAGAACUACAGAGCUGCCGCGGGGAGCGUGCCUGGAGGC